GUAAUGGAAAUACCAGGGGCUGCUGAUCAAAACCUCAUUACAGUUCGAAAUAUCGACUAGAUGCCUACGGGGUCGCAAGAUGGAAGGACCACCUAAAGUAAUAUACAUAUAUGUGUCUGUCCGCCAAUCAGAUUACGACCAUAUCGGAUAUGCAUAAUGUCAAGAUUAUCAACUCUUGUCAAGUUUUUCAUGCUCGAGAGUAUGAAGGCCUUUACGAAUGAGGGUUAGGUUGGCGAACAUUUUGCUAGUUAAGGGGAAACCAAAAGUGAAGAUAAAAACAAAAAUCACACCGAUAUCUUCUUAUGGCAUCAAAUUUCAGCGAGGGAAGCACACUCUCCAUAACAUCACUGUUUAAGUGUAAAGCAUGCUGUUGUGUCCUGAAGGAUGCCAUCAAACUACCCUGUGGACACAGAGUCUGUGAUAGCCCAUGUCUAAAGCAGCUAUUUGUCAAUUCACCAGAAGCUCGAUGCCCUGUUAAGUCAUGUAGUACCGACAUAGACCAAACAGAGGUAAACCAGAGUGGUAGCCGAUCGAGUAUCAUUGGAAAUCCUACCAACUUACAGGCACUUGCACUUGCUGACACACAAACUAGGACUUUAUUUCAGAUGACAAUGGCGAAGACAGGAGAAACUGAGAUAAGACAACACCGUGAAACACAGGAGCAGCUUCGGAAACAGGAGAAGGCGAUAUCAAGGAAUUCCAACAUGUUGGCGGACUUACAAACUAGUGUAUCUAGCAACACUAGACAGAUACAGCAUCUAAAUAGGUGUGGACCGAGAGUGAUGUUGCCAGGGUAUCCACCUUCCUAAGCAAAUAGUGGAAAUAAGGAACAAAACGACUCCAGGGAAACAUUUCCUAGGACCGAAAAAAAACACACUAUAAAAUGGGCGCCAAUAUUUAUUUGAAUGGGAUCGGAUGUGAAAUGGGUUCUCAUAUUUCGGUUAACAUUGCACCAGAAAAGCGAAAGGGAUACUUUCAUAUGGUGAUUUAGUCGUAGAGUAAAAUUGAUAACCUUAGAUUUAAAUGGUUGUAAUUGCGCAUUUAUGUGGACGAAUUCAUCCCAAAAAUCAAUUGACAACGAUUUGGAAAAUUCACAGACAUAUUUGACCAACCCCUAUUGGGAUGUACGAUUUUGUUCCUCAUGUAUAACCUAUGCAUUUAGCUGCUUCGCGAUUCGGGUUAUAGGCAAUGCGAUAUUAGAAUUACAGAAAAAUAGCACUAAACGAGGAUAAAAUAUAGCUUGAUUGUUUGUUUGCAUUAACAUUGCGUUUGUAUUUAUAUUAAUUUCGGUUCAUAGAAAUAUGAAUAGAAACGUAAGUUGCUAAGGUUUACAUAUUGACACGAUGGCGCAAAUAAGUGAUGUACAUAUCAGAGAGCAAAGAAAGAAAAUUAAGGAGGAAAGGAAAGGAAAAAGGACUAGAUAAUCAUUAUACUAACACAUGUAGUUAUAUCUAUAGAUGAUUUGGGUUUUUUUCUUCUUUUUUUUAAAAUAAAGAACACGAUAAUAAAAUACCUAUAUACUAACCCAUUACAUGAACUCUUAAUACAUCGUAAAAUGUCGGUAUUCAAGAGUGAAACGACAAGGGAUGGUUUGGUAAUGGUUUUGUAUCUAACAGCUCUUGUCAUUUAAUACGACCUUCUUUGUGUACGAGAUACAGUGCCAAUGAAGGCAUAAGGGGGAAGAAAGAAGAGUAGAAGGAAGAGAAUGGAUAAGGUCUCAAAUUUAGGCGCCUCAAUUGGAUCACGCACUUGAGACAGUGGUACAACUCUCAACUCUUGUAUGGCAGAAACGAGAAUGGGAGCAAUAAUUAGUGUAUAUUAGGUGCAGAUUCUUUUAGUAGGUAAAUCUUACUUCAUCUGUAUAAAGAGCUGCAAUUAAUUAUGUUUUCUUCCGAAAUGACUCAGCAAUACACAAUAUAGUACGUUGUACUUUUAUAGUACUAACUCCUGUGGUGUUGAAUGAAUGGCCCAAUUUGUUUCGUGUCGUUGAUGUAAAAUGUAUGCUUGAUUUGUAUAAAUAAAGUGAUGCUUGUCCAUUAUGUGUUUUGGACUCCUCAAGUCUCUUACUUCUUUCAUGUCAGCAGCAGAUUUGGCUUUUGAAUAAUAUGAAUAGUUUCUGCAGGACUGAGUCUCGCAGAAUCAAGUUGUAUGAAAUAUUUCGCGGGAGCGUGUAAUAACGAGAAACCGGGGCGGAAAGCCAUGAACGCACUCAAUAACGAGAUAUUAACGCGUAAUUACGAGAUAGUUGGGGCGAAAUAACGAGAAUAUAACACGUAAUAUCGAGUUAUAAAUGAAUAAUAACCUGAUGAUAACGUGUAAUAACAUAAUGAUAUGCGUAAUAACGAGAAUAUAACACGUUAUAACGAGAUCAUAAUACGAGAUAACAAUAUACAAUUAUUGGUCUGUUUUCAGGUGAAUGCGAUGAUUUAUCAACUCCCGGGGCGGAAGGCCAUAAACGCGCGCAGUAACGAGAUAUUAACGCAUACUUACGAGAUGCAGACAUGUAUAGUAGGGGCGAAGUAAUGAGAAAUCAACCCGUAAUAUAGAGAAACGUGUUAUAGCGAGAUAUUAAUGCGUAAUUAUGAGAUAGUUAUGCGUAAAUACGAAGCAUUUUAACGUAAUUACCAGAUACUUAGUUACAAAUGCGUAAUAAGAGGUAAUAAGUGGCAAUAUUUACAUUUUGGUUUUCUGGACACUAACGCGACUCGUAAAUGCAAUAUGUCCAGAAGCUGUUGUUGUUUAAUUAACGCAUAAUAAACAGACAUUCAAGCGUAAUAACAAGAUGUUCAUGUCCUUUCGCUUUUCAAAACACCAUUGUGGGGAAACCAGCAGCGUUUCACAGGCUGGUUUUGUGGCGAAGUUUGCCAACCCCCACACAGGCUUUUGUUGUAAUUUACUACCAUUGUCAUUUUGAGAUGUUUAGUUUUAGACUGUUUUUAAUGAUUCUGUUAUGCUAUGUUAAUUUUGUAUUGUUAAAUUGUAAUAUGUUUAGAAUUUAUAUUAAAUGUCACCAUAUGCCAUGUAUGGUGGCCAUUUUAAA